UGGCCAAAGGGGAGAGGACUUCCGGCUUGGUGGACACGUGGUUCCGUGUCUGUCUGCCUGUCAGCGUGUGAAGCGCUACAACCCUCUUCUCCUAAAACCUUCUCCUCCCUCCUUCUGGCGUCAACUUUAUUCUUAGCAGCGACCUUCCCGUCAAACCAGCAAAGUGUGAGAGUCAAGGUGUGCGCGAGAGCACGCUCGCGCGCGUGUGAGUGUUAGUGUGUGUGACUGUGAAGUGUGAUAGAGAAGCAGCUACCGGUCGGCCCGCGGUCUCCCCCCGCCCCCCUCCCCAACAUCGUCGUGUCGGUCAUGACGCUGGAAUCGAUCCGCUACCGGAGCGGGUCUCUGCAGAUCCUCGACCAGCUGGUGCUGCCUCAGCAGACCGUCUACGAUGACAUCCGGUCCGUGCAGGACGCCUACGAGGCCAUCAAGUCCAUGAAGGUUCGGGGGGCCCCAGCCAUCGCCAUCGUGGGCUGCCUCAGCUUGGCCGUGGAGUUACGAGCAGGUGCAGGCGGCGAUGACCCAGUGACAUUCAUCCGGGAGUCUCUGUGUCACCUGACCUCAGCCAGACCCACUGCUGUCAACAUGGGCCGUGCUGCCCGCGAACUGAUGGAGUUUGCGGAGAACGAGAGCAUGGAGAAGAACUCUGAGCAGCUGAGAGAAAGUGUAAUAGCCUGGAUCGAAGACAUGCUGGAGCGAGACGUCAAUGACAACAAGAAGAUCGGCAACUAUGGCGCCCAGCACAUCCUUUCUGGCGUCCCGAGGGACUCCGUGACCAUCCUCACGCACUGCAACACCGGCUCCCUCGCCACCGCUGGAUACGGGACUGCACUGGGAGUGGUACGAAGCCUCCACUCGUUGGGCAGGCUGAAGCGUGUCUACUGCACAGAAACCAGGCCGUACAACCAGGGCUCUCGACUAACGGCGUACGAGGCGGUAGCCGAGGGAAUCCCCGCUACACUCAUCACCGACAGCAUGGCGGCCCUCACCAUGAGAGAGAUGAACAUCACAGCUGUUGUGGUUGGAGCAGACAGGGUCGUUGCCAAUGGCGACACGGCCAAUAAAGUGGGAACAUACCAGCUAGCCAUUGCUGCCAAGCAUCAUGGGAUACCGUUCUAUGUGGCGGCACCCAGCACCUCAUGCGACCUAAGCCUGGAGAGUGGCAGAGACAUCAUCAUCGAAGUUCGCCCGCCUGAGGAACUCACCAGUAUUAAUGGCGUCACCAUUGCUGCUCCAGGUAUUGAGGUGUGGAACCCAGCCUUCGACGUGACCCCCCACCAGAUGAUCACAGGAGGCAUCAUCACAGAGCUGGGGGUCUUCCUGCCCUCGGAGCUCCAAGCGGCCCUCACUGGCCGCCUCACUGCUCUCUAGAGCAUCACCUGCUGGCGUCGGUGCGCCACUGCACCUUAACACACACACUCUCACACACACUCACUCUCCAUCAUGAUGUGGUUCCACGUUUUUCCUCACACACAUCCCCAAACACACACUGCAGGGAGUCAAAGAGACGUGUGCAGCUACCUUCCACAAUUUUUGUAUGAUUUUCCUAGAAUUACUGUCACUUGACAUUAGUGAACAACGUCAUGUCUUUUUAAAAAGCGACGGAAGCACAUUUACAAUCACAAAUGAGGGGAUUUGAUUUGUACAAACAACUGACUCAACUGUUUUGGAUUUAUUUCAAUGUUGGACAUCCGUUCAGCUAUGCUGUCCACUUGUAAAUACACGUGUCCUGCUGGUUGCGUGUACAUAAUGUACAAAAUGUAGCCACUGCUAGUUUCAAUCAUCAUAAUGUUAUAUUAACAUUCAUGUUUGUGUUGCUGUCGACACGCUUGUAGGGGAGCCAUCCACAUUUAUAGCUGUAAUACCAGUAGACCUGUCAUGAUAACUGGACCAUAAUUCUUCUGCAAAUUAUUGCCUCUUUGUUGAGUGAACCUAAUGAUAAUAUAUGACACCAUAAUGCAGGUACACCAUAUCAAAAACAAAUUUCAUUUCUCAAGAGUAUUAAUUAACAUUGUAAUUGGAUGGAAUGUAUGUAUAACUAACAAAUAAAGUCAUAAGUCCUAAAUUUACACAA